AUGGUUGCGAAAGAUCCGAUAUUCUUCGGAAAUAGCUCGAAACUAUUGCGAAGCUAUUUCGCAACUCUUUCGGAAUCGUUGCAAAGUUGGGCUUCACAAUUUUUCCGAAAGAGCUGUAUUACGCAAUUUUUUCCGCAAUCCUCACGAACAUCUUUCGCAAGUCUUGCGGAAAAGGCUCGCAAUCCCGCGCAGGCUUCGCAACUAUUGCGAAACAAUUUCGCAAUAGUUGCGAAAUCCAGCGCCCGUAGUUCCCUCAUUCAAAACAACAGGGAAGAUGACACUGUAAGGAUGAUAAUCGGCCGGGCCCGGGCCGCCCGCGGGCCGCGGAACAUUGCCGGGCGGGUCGGGCCGGGCUGCAUUCAAGAAAUCGAUAGCCCGACCCGAACCGUUUACAAAUCAGGCAGCCUGCGGGCCGAUAUAGAGAAGGGCUUCUGGGCUGUCCACUCAGACCUGACUGAGCACCAGGAGUCAGGACCCCCCACUGUUGCACCGGCCCGACGGGCAGCCCGAGUAGACCCGUCCUUUAAUCGGGUCAUCUCGGGCCAGGCCUAA